CAGUCAUACUUCUUUGUUUUUCUUUAUUUUAUGAAGUGACAAAGAGGCGAAAUGGAAAGAGGAAUAAGUCGACCACCAAGCAGAAAUCUUCAUCUUAUCUUCAACUUCAUCUGUUAACAACUAAACAAGUUAUAGCUAACACAACCGAUGCAGCAUCUCGUCCAGAGAAGGAAACAGAGCUUCCAGCAUCAGGCAGUCGAUCUCUAUCACAGCAGAUGGCUGGUCCUUACUGGGUUUCUGUAGCGGUCGUUGUUUUGAUGACCGUUAGAAACGGUGCAACUGUUACAAACGAUGAGACUGUGAUUGACCAACACCAGCUCGCACCAAUCGUAGAAGAAAUUCUAAAGAGGUACACACCAAACUACAAUGGUGCAGACGACAACAGUUUCCCCCCCAUGUUCAGUGUGGCUGUGAGCGUCCCGUACAAUGAAGACAAGUACAUGUAUGAUAUGAAUGAAGUCCCUGAUGAUGGUGAAAAAGUGAGGAAGGAUAUUCUAAACUGUGACGUAUACAAAGGUGACAGAGUGGUGGCAGCCACAGUGCUGAGAUGGCCCAAUGUUCUAAAACAGUGUCCUGAUGGACGUGUUAAGUGGACUGAUGUCCGGAAGCGAUGUGGUAAACAGCAGAUUAACUCAUGGGCUGAUGUUGAAAGGUUGUGUGGUAAAAGUGAAAUCCAGGAUGGCAGAGCUGAUCAUGCAGAGUGCAGAACCCUGCAGCAUGUCAACACUUUGGUCACAAAGAGCCAAAAAUCCAAAGAUGAUCUGAUGGUUUUUUACGUCCGUGCCUCCUCGUGUGAUAAAAUAUGUACCAAUCCAUCACAUGAGCGUAAUAUUCUCAGUAGCAUAAAAAAGAUAAUGAACUGGAAGAAUUAUGUUGUUGUGUUUUCAGAUGUAUUUAAAAAAUGUGGUGGUAAAACCACAUAUAUGGAUGACCUGCGUCACUCACUUAAGAGGCUUGGGGAUGCAAUCAGGGAUCAAAGGUCAAAGCUCAAAGAUAAAAGGUCGAAUGGUCUUCAGUAUAUAUUCCGAUGUUCUCCAUAUUCCAAGCAGAGAAAAGUGGAGUGCAUUAGCUGCUAUAACAAGAGCGAUGAUGACAUUCCAUGGACUUGUUUGUCAGAUGGCCUCCAAUCAGGCAGCAAGGAGGGCAGAGGCAAGCAAAGUGGCAGAAAGCUCAGCAAUAAAAACAUUAAAGAGCAGUGCUGCGUUGAGCAGAAACAAAAUCAGGAAAGUGGGGAAACACAGCGUCAGAGCAAGAAGAAGAAGAGGAGUAACAGAACAUGGGGCUGAAUGCAGAGAGGGGGAGUAAUGAGAGAAAAUCAUCAGAAUUAACCAGAGAGGGGAAAAGAAUGAGGUAAACAGAAAAUGUAAUCCGUGCUUUGCAUCGUUUUCCUGCAUCCAUGAUUAACUUUAAAUGUGUGUGUACGUCACAGCAAGAUUAACAUGUGCUCCUGAAAUCACAGCUGCCAUCGUGCACUCUGGUCAUUCUAGUCCACGAUACUGUCUGCGCCUCUGAUUGUGUCUGUGAACUGAAACACAAACAGUGUGUGUGGAGUGAGUGUAAUCCAUUUAUAGCCUCUGAUACUGUUUCUGAUUAAAGCUUAAUAAACUGCAUUAAAACAUGUCA